GGCCAGCCUCAGAACCAUCUGGAGGACUACAGCCAGCGAGGCUGCCAGGCUGUAGCCCGCAGCAAAGGAGAGCUGUCACCUAGACCUGGAUUUGGGGGAAGCACCAGCGUGGUGAGGACGGUGCAGGGUGUGAGGAUUGCGGAAAAAGCCUUAUAGGAGAAUGCAAACUCCACGGACCACUCAUCAGGGCUAAAGAUAGGGUUAUUCCUAGCCGAGCCCGACUCACCCUACCUCACUACCUCACGUUGCGAGUGUUGGAGCUGCGAGCUGGAAACCAGCAGAUCCUUGGAGUAUUUGCAAAGAAAGUAAUACAGAAGAGAACACAGUUUGGUCCUUAUGUUGGGCAACUGUCUACAAAACUGACCCGCUAUGAUGAGAGCAGGCUAGUCCUGCAGGUAUUGAAAGAUGGAGGGAAAUACUUUCUGGACACUCCCAAUGAAGACUGUGGAAAUUGGAUGAUGUUUGUCCGGCUAGCCCGGAACCAAGAAGAACAGACUCUUGUGGCUUAUCAGCACUGUGGAGAAGUCUACUUCACCACUGUUAAGCCAAUUGAACCCCACACAGAAUUGAAAGUAUGGUAUGCUGCCGAUUAUGCCAAAUUUAUGGAAGCUUCUGCAGUCUUCAUUAAAGAAGAAUCUGACGUCUGUCCUUUGCCUCCAGUAGCAAAAGAGCCCGUAGAGCCUUGGAUAUGCUCCAGCUGUAGAAGCACUUUCGCAACUUUUGCUCUGCUGGAAUCUCACCAGUGCAUCCACAAAGACCGAGUCCUCACCCCCAGGUUCAGACCACCAAAUAAGUUGGGACCCGUCAAGGCAAAAAGCAAACUCAAAGGGAAACUGAGAGGAGCGACAUUAGGCAAAAGCAUUGCCCAGUGCUACGGGACCAUUUCCUGUUCCUCCGCGGCGAAGCUCAGCUGUGGUGGCUCGGGAAGCACGUGUGAUGGUCUUGUGAGGUUCAUACCUAAAUGGAGAAAUGGCCGGUCUUCACUGUUGAAGGGGAAGGACGUGCAGCAGACAGAGAGCUACCCCUGCCGACUCUGCGGGAAGGUAUUUGACUCCAUCGACAAGCUCACGGUCCACGCUUACGCGCACAAAGGGGAGCGCCCCUACAAGUGCUCGCAGCACGGAUGCACAAAAGCCUUCAUUUCCAAAUAUAAACUGCUCAGGCACUCAGCCACUCAUUCUCCGCAGAAAUCUCACCAGUGUGGCUACUGUGAGAAGACCUUUCACAGGAAAGACCAUCUAAAGAACCACCUUCAGACUCAUGACCCUAACAAGAUGGCCUUCAAGUGUGAAGAGUGUGGCAAGAAGUACAACACCAAGCUAGGCUAUAAGAGACACUUGGCUCUUCACGCGGCCACCAGCGGGGACCUGACCUGUAGGGUGUGUGCCCAGGAGUUUGGUGGCACCGAAAUGUUGUUGGAACACCUCAAAAGCCACGCCGGGAAACCCACUGGUAAUACCAAGGAAAAGAAACAUAAGUGUGACCACUGUGAGCGUCACUUCUACACCCGUAAAGACGUGCGGCGGCACAUGGUGGUGCACACGGGCUGCAAAGACUUCCUGUGCCAGUUUUGUGCCCAGAGGUUUGGGCGGAAGGACCAUUUGACUCGCCAUACGAGGAAGACUCAUCCGCAAGAACUGCUGAAGAGCAGGUUGCAGAACGGUGACUCAGUGGGUCUCCUUGACCAGCUUUUUCCAUUCAGGCUGAAGGAAGAUGCCGGCAUACUGUCCCCUUUUCCUGAAAGGGUCUCUGGGCAGAACGGGGUUUUGAACAGUUCAGAGUCAGAGGAAUACAACUGCUCACAUCUUCAUUCCCAGCCAAGCUUACAAACUGCUCUUCCCCUUGAACCUUCUCCUCAUUUGCAAAGGAUGGGCUGUGCAGACAGCCUUCCAGCUGCCCAUCCCACGCCAUGCUCAACGGCCAUUCCUGCCAACCUGAACCUUCAGCAGCCGAAUAAAUAUGACCUUAGUUCUACCUCAUUUGCAGCAGGAUCCCUCAAGAACCUACCCAUAAAAGUGGAUGUUAAAGGUUACAAUGUGCAUCUUCUUGAGGACCUGCCGUUACCAGAACCUCAAUCUCUCCACAAAAUCAGUCUGGAAGAAGUUUCCUCAGGGCCUGUAGGGGAUACUAACAAGUACCCAGUGCACAAGGAGACAGAGGCAGCAGCUGAAACUACGAGCCUGCCUUUCAUGGAUCUCACUCAUGUGAUGAGUUUCUGGCAGCUCCCACAAGGUGACAACCAGAACACUACUGGGGACAUGGCAAUGGCCUUUGGUUCAGAGGAACCAUCACACAGGCUGAAUGGCCUUGGCCAACAGCAAGGUCUUCAGCUAGCAACUGGUGGGAUGGCCAUAAACCAGCUGCAUCAUCUUCCUCGCUCCUUUCCAUCCACUACAAAUUCUGUAACGUUGCCUCAUUUUCACCAUGCCUUCAAAUAGCUAUCACCAUGUUUGGGUUUUUUCCUUUUAUUUUUUUUAAGACUGUGCUUCUUACUUAAAUCUGGUAGGAUGGGGUGGUUUUUGGUUUGGUUUUAUUUUGUUUUGUUUUUAAGAAAAACUGCCCCAAAUGUUUUCAAAGCACAUUAUGAACAUGGUAGUUAAAUUCAGGAUGUUAAUAAACAAGAAGCUCUAUUUUUCAUACUACUAUUAGUUUUUUAGCAUAUGGCAGUAGUAGAACUAACAUAUUUCCCUGCAACACCCUCUACAUUUUUGUUUCUUGCCUUUCAUGCAAAAAACUGAAUAAAUAUCUUUUGUGAUAGCAAAGCAUCAUAACAGGCACAAUAAAACUAUGGCUGCUGUGGUAGAUUAGGGGUUAGGGUGAAUGGGAAGAAGGGGGAAAUCACAGAAAAAUCAUUAUAAAGAGCCAUAAAUCACAGCAAAUUUAUACACAUGGCAAAUGUAACAAACGAUUUAUCAACGUCACAGAGAUUUCUGUUAAGCACUUAAUUACUGAACUUUAUGAAUCUUUAAUUUAAAUCAGAAUCAUUCCAAUAAUAAAUCUUACCUCCUUGUUCCCCGUUGUUAAAUGAAGAAGAUCCCGUUACGGCUGCGCGCAUCUCCUGCCGUCUUUCCUAGGGCUGGAAAUAACUCCUUCUGCCUGUGUGAGAACCCAUAUCUUGUCUAUGUGCAGUUUUCACAAUGGGAAAUGAAUUGUCUCAGAGGUUAGAGCAAAACAUCAAUUUUUCACUUAGAGCUGGAUCUGGCAAGGUGUCAGCACCGGUCUUUCUCUAGUAAAGCACUUAAGCAUUUGCUUAAAUUUAAGCAUACGUUAUCCCAUUGGGUCAGCGACUUGAUUGAUUUAAAACUUAAUAAAAACUUAAUGCUUCCUGCUUAAGGGGCCUUUAUUCACCUUUUGUUGAUUAAAAAAAAAAUGGCCUUUGUUUAUUCUGGGAAAUGAUUAUUAAUCGUAGCCAUCUGAACUGUGGAUUCCUUCACUGAAAACCAACCCUGGCCAGGUCAGCUUGCAACCUAGUGGGACCUCAGGUCCACGAGCAGAAGGGUUGUGGUGGUGAGCUCAUGCUUGGCCUUCUUCAAAACCAGGUGAUGAACCUGCCUCAUCAGUGUCACCUGCAAUUAGUGGGUGUCAUUGAUGCCAUUUCAGUCACGGGGGGAUGUUUUUGCUCAGCAGUGGUGGGACAGCCACAGUUGGACUUCCAGCCUUUUCUUUGUUUCCUGGGGUAAUUUGUCCAUGUAUUUUUCCAGUGGAUGGUGUGUUGGUGUGACAGUUGUGUCACUUGAUGCAUGAACUAGCAUCGCCCAAUAGAUGACAUUAUUAAAAAAAUCCCAAAAAGCCAAAUUCUUCACAAUUUACUUUGUUACCUAACCCAUGCUUAUAAAAAAUACCCCUGGUUUUAGUGGAUCCUGUUGCAGCUAAACCAGACAUGGACUUUCUGAAUGUGAGUAAAAGCGUGUUCUCUUCGCCCCCAUUAAUCACAGGAAUAUUUCUGGACAGCUUCAAAUAAAAAAGUAUUUUUUAAAUUA